CUUGCAGUAUUCGUAGUCAAGUUUUUAUUCAUGACAAAAUUAAAAACUAUCAUAUUUUUGAUUGUUUUAAAUCAGAUUGUUAGUGGGAAUAUUAUUCCGAGUGAACGUGAUAAUGUUAAUAUUGAAAAUUUUGUUUCUGUUGGGUGGGAAAGCACAGAAAAUUCAAACAACUGGAUUUUCGAUCAAUUUCGACAUGUAGCAGAUGAUAUUGCUACGAAUGCUGCUAAAUUUGUGAGAGAAAAUAUUUUAAAUGUAAAAGCAAGGGCUGAUGAGCUAAUAAAUCAAAUAAAAAAUAUCGGUUUUUUGGGAUUACUUGCAGCUCAAGAAGCAUCCAAAUGCAUUCAUGAACAAUUUGAAAAUCAAUUAAAAACUUUAGCAGCGCGAGCUGAAGCAAGUGACAUCGAUGUUAAAGAUUGUACGAAAGUCAUGUAUACUUUUAGAAGCGCAGUAGCUAAUUUAAUCAGCAAUUCUAGUUUGUGCAUAACAGAAAAAUUGGAUAAAGCGACAUAUCUUUUUAUGGACGUUACGAAAAAAAGUGAUUUUGCUCUUAAUGCAGUAAGUAAUUUUUCGAUAGAAACUGCAAAAUGCAUGCAAAGCGUUCAAAAUGCUGUUGGAAUGUUUUCUGCUGCUAGGUGUACUCUUGAUGCGAAAAUCCAAGAAGGAUUCAAGAUUCUUCGACAGUUGCCAGGAAUAGCAGUUGAUACAGUUGAAAUAAUAGAUUUACUUGCUACUCUGCCAGAUACUCUACCACUAUGUAUGACGAAACAAACUUUCAAAUCAAUCGAAGAAGAAUCAAAUAAUGUUAUUGAUAGCGUUCAAACUUGCAUAAAUGAAAAACUUAAAAACUAAUUACAAUUGAUAAUUUCAGCAACAAAGUAAAUAAAUUUCAAUCACGGUGUACUAAUUCAUAUGUUUACAAAUGGUUCGAGGUAAAAAUUGAAAAAUUAAUUCUUUUAACAUUGUCUCGAUCGCUGCUAUACCGCGAACAGACACGACAAUACUCAUGGCUGUCAGUCAUAUGUUAAAUCACCGACUGAUCGAUCUAAAUCCACGUGAUAAUAGUGACGUUAUACGAAGUGGUAAUCUCGCGCGUACUCAAGACAGAUAAAUGGAUUCGCACAAGCGAGGGGACAGAAUCGCGUCUCGUUUCAAAGAACAACGACGAGAAAAACGCUGAGAUGUAUACUCACGCGCGUAUUUGGCUCACGCGUGUACAUUGUAAUAACUCGCAAAUAUUUAGUUCAUUUCUACAAUUUUGUUGACUCCUAAUUUUAUGGGCGUAUGACUUAUGAGUUCUGUUCAAUUAAAUACACCAAACGAGGCGAGAUGAAAUGAAA